AUGCUGAAAGUUCUUUUAGCAAUCGGUCUACUGUGUUUGAUAGAUGUUUCAGCUCAGUUCCGUGCUGAAUGUGAGCAUCCGCUUCAUUUUGGAGUUCAGCAAUGCACCAACACUUCAGUUGUCAGAUAUCACUUCGACAUGGAAAGCAAGAAAUGCCUUGCUUUCAAAUACACUGGAUGUGGAGGAAACGAGAACAAUUUCAAGGAUUACUCAGCUUGCUCAAACUUCUGUAUUCCAAUGGACUAUUUCACAUGCCCAGGUGGCAGUGAUAGUGUCGCUGGAAAGAACGGAAAGAGCCACUGUGGAGGAAUGGAACAAUUGAAGUGCGAUGGCCCGAAUACUUUCUGCUUGAAUGGCCCAUUCACUGGAAUCUGUUGCGACACGAGAAUCAGAGACAAAAUCGAUGCCGACUACGCCAAGGAGUGUGGACCAGGAAAGCUGAAGCAUCAAAUUGAUAUUGGAGGUGUCAAGAUCCCAAUGUUCGGAAAAACUUGCGAUUCUACAUUCUGCCCAGCCUAUACAAAGUGUCAUCAAGGAAAUUAUUUUGCUUACUGUUGUGCUUAGUGUUUUUAAAUUAAAUGGGAUAUAUUUUUUGCAUAGUGCCUUCUGAAAUUACGGUCAUUUGAAUUUUAAAAAAACUCGAUUUUUUAAACAAUAAAGUAUCUAACAAUG